AUGUUUACCCUGAAGUAUAUAGUCGCUUCAUCGCUUUUCUUGCUGGUUUCAUCCCAAUCAUGGGGCCAGCAGAGCUUUGGGAGCAGUAAUCAAGGUAGAUAUUUGCCACUAUGGCGUCCUAUAUUAUUUCGAAGAUUCCCAGGAUACGGAAAACAACAACAACAACAAAAAUCCUUCGGAUCUUCUGGUUUUGGUGGACAAAGCUACUCGAAUCAACAAGGAUGGGGACAAAAUGGACAAGGAUUCGGAGGAAGUAAUCAGCAAGGAGGAUUUGGGCAGAAUCAGGCAUUAAGCCAGCAGGGAGGAUUCGGUGGAAACGGUCAAUCUAUGGGAAGAAGUCAGCAACAAUUUGGUCAAAGCCAGGGAAUGGGAAUGAACGGUCAAGGAUUUGGAGGAUCCAGCCAACAAGGUCAAGGAUUUGGAGGAUCUAGCCAACAAGGACAGGGACAAAGUCUGGGAUUCCAGCAAGGAUUCUUUCAGCAACAACUUCCUCAGCAACAAUUCCAAUCUGGAGGAUUCAACAGUCAGCAGUCAUUCGGAGGGCAUAAUAGAGGUCAAGGAGGCUUCAGUGGUCAAUCAGGCUUUGGUCAAAUCUCUGGAGGACAAUCUGGGUUUGGUGGGCAGUCUAGCUUUGGUGGCCAAUCUAGCUUUGGAGGUCACCCUGGGUUCGGAGGUCAGUCCGGAUUCGGAGGAAACAGUUUCGGACAGAGCAACCAGGGCGGAUUCAACAGAGGAUCCCAAAACCAAGGUGGAUUCCAAGGAGGAUAUAACUCUGGAAACUCAAACGGUAGAACUUUCGAGCCAAUGCCACCAUUUCUCAAUAACAUGAGCUCAUCUGCUGCUCAAGAUUACUUCAGUAUUGUCAACAACAAAUCUCUAACAACCAAUCAAAUUAAUGAGCAAGCUACCAACUGGGCUUCCACAAAUGGUGUUCAGGUCGAAUUCUCGCAAUACCAAAUAAAUCGGACUACAGUUCACAAUCAAGCUCUUCAGAAUGUUUCUGCCAUGAUCACCAACCUGUCAACAGUUGGAGCAGCUCUUGAAAAUAUUCAAUCGAACAAAAGCUCUUCAGCAAACGAUCGUCAGGCGGCGUUGCAACAAUUGCAACAACAGAAUCCAACGGAGUUCUCAAUUAUCUCCUAUCUUCAAAACAAACACGAACAAGAACAGUAUAGUAAAAUGAAUGGAUACGGUAACAGUAACAAUUACUACGAUAAUACUAAUAGAAACAACGCAGUCUAUGGGAAUUAUGGAUCAAACUCAAAUUAUGGAAACAAUGGAUACAUCAAUCUGUAUGGAGACUUCAACGCUGAGAGCACAACGUCCACUUCAACUUCCACAAAAAAGAAGAACACGAAAGCACGAUAA